GCAUUUCUGAUACCGUACUGCAUAAUGAUGUUCAUCGAGGGUACACCGCUGUUUUUGAUUGAACUUGGUAUAGGCCAAAAAAUGAGACUGGGUCCUGUUGGCGUGUGGAAUGAAAUUCAUCCAUAUCUUGGAGGCGUUGGAGUGUCGGCAGCAGUUGUUUCGUUUCUCGUUGCGCUGUAUUACAAUGUGAUCAUAACGUGGUGCAUAUAUUAUCUCUACAAGUCGUUUAGCUUCAAUCUUCCAUGGGGAACUUGUCCUGAAGUGAAUGGCACCAUGGUGGAGGAAUGUCGGAUAUCAAGCUCAACGACAAGUUACUUUUGGAAUCGUGAAGCGAUUGAUACGAGCGAGUCUAUAGGAGAUUUUGGUGGUUUUGUCCCUCAUAUAACGAUUUCGUUGGUACUUGCUUGGGUGCUAAUCUACCUCUGCGUUAUGCGUGGCAUCAAAAGUAGUGGCAAGGUUAUGUAUCUCACUGCAACAUUUCCGUAUGUUGUGACCACCUGCUUCUUGGUUAGAUCACUGAUGCUGGAAGGCGCAGCAGAAGGUCUGAAAUACAUGAUGACUCCAGAUGUACGUCUUCAGUUCAUCAUAAAUUAA